UCUCUCUCUUUCACAUACCAACUAACACAAACAACGGAGAGAGGUUUCUCUCUCCUUCUCUCUCUUGGCGAUUUCAUACUUUCUGGUUUCUAAUUCUGAGAAUUUUGGGGCGCAUCGAAACCCUAGAUUUGUUCUCAUUGUUGACCGGUCGAAGGAAAUAGAGAGCAGGGGAUGAGGGAGGACUGCGGAAUUGUUAUAACUAACGUUUGUUAAAUGGAUUUAGAAGAUAAAUUGCUUGCUAAAGUUUCUGGUGUUCAAAGCCUGUCUUCCAGUGUGCAAAGCACUCCUGAGAAGAAUGGUCAUUCUGAUGAUGCUUCAAGAAGUCCAGAGCUACUUCAAGAAUUUUUGAGAUCUGGUCCCAAGAAGGAACUGUUAAGGACUUGUUUUGAUAAGGACAAGAAAAACUUAGUUUCAUCAAAAAACAAGACGAUGGAGAUAGCAAAGGUGACGUGCAAGACUAAUAAGAAGGUGGACCCAAGAAAAGCUUCUUCUAGUCCUAGCAAUCAGCCUUCUUCUAGAAAGCAAAAUAGAAAGGGAGAAAAUCCAGUGCGACUCCCUCCAACUCCUGAACAAUCUUCAGAAUUUGGUUUGUCACACUCAUGGAUAUGUAAAAAUUCUGCAUGUAGAGCUGUCCUGUCUAUAGAUGACACAUUUUGUAGGCGGUGCUCUUGCUGUAUCUGUCACCUGUUUGAUGACAACAAGGACCCUAGUCUUUGGCUGGUUUGCUCGUCAGACUCUGGUCAGGGAGACUCCUGCGGUUUAUCUUGCCACAUUGAGUGUGCCCUUCAACGUGAAAAGGUUGGGGUAGUUGAUCUCGGACAGUUGAUGCAGCUAGAUGGUAGUUAUUGCUGUGCUUCUUGUGGUAAAGUGUCUGGAAUACUUGGGUGUUGGAAAAAGCAACUACUUGUAGCAAAAGAUGCACGUCGUGUUGAUGUACUUUGUUAUAGAAUAUACUUGAGUUACAGGCUCUUAGAUGGGACUUCAAGGUUUCGAGAGCUGCAUGAUAUAGUCAAAGAAGCCAAGGCUAAAUUGGAAACAGAAGUGGGUCCGGUGAAUGGUGUUUCUUCUAAAAUGGCACGUGGAAUUGUCAGUAGACUCUCUAUUGCUGGUGACGUGCAGAAGCUCUGCUCCCUUGCAAUUGGGAAAGCAGAUGAAUGGCUGACCAACACUUCUAGUCUCAAUCCAAAUAACAGAGAGGAUUCACUUCCUUCUGCUUGCAAGUUUCUUUUUGAAGAAGUAACACCGUCAUCUGUUGUGAUUAUCUUAAUUGAGCUGUCUAAAGCAUCAUCAAAUGACAUUAAGGGCUACAAGCUCUGGUAUUACAAUUGUAGAGAAGACGGAUAUUCAAAGGAGCCCAAUUGUGUCUUUCCAAGAACUCAGAGAAGGAUUUUAAUAUCCAACUUGAAGCCUUGCACAGAGUACACUUUUCGGAUCAUUUCGUAUACAGAAACUGGUGAUUUGGGUCACUCUGAGGCAAAGUGUUUCACCAAGAGCGUUGAGAUACUUCACAAGAAUCCUAAUUUACCAGCUGUGAAAAUAGAUAAGAAAGAGAAUACCUCCACUGAGGGAAGUCCUAGUGGGAAGGGGGAAUCUAAAAAUGCAGUGGCAGCUGGUUCUUCUGAAUUCAAGGUUCGAGACCUGGGAAAGAUACUACAUCUAGCUUGGGCUCAAGAGAAGGGCUACCUAGAAGGGUUUUGCAGUGCAGAUGUAGAGAAGUGUUGUGCAGCUAACAAAGUAGUAAAGCCAGAAAUCAUACAAGAACGGUUGCCUUCUGUCUCACGGGGGCUUGACUUGAAUGUUGUUUCUGUCCCUGAUCUGAAUGAAGAAUUAACUCCACCAUUUGAGUCUUCCAGAGAUGAAGACAAUGGUUGCAGCUUGCAGCUAACUGUUGAAGCAGAUGAUGCUGCUUCGCAUGACAUAUUAAAGAACGGUUUAGCAAGAUCACAUGGUAGUGGUGAUUCCCAGACCUGGACACAUGGACCGACUGGUGAUGUGCCAGCUGUUGAUUCAAGGACUGAAUUUUGUCGAAAAAGAGCAUUGGUGAACACAAUUGAGGAGGCACAUGAUUGUGACAGCACACUGAUUAAUGGUUCUCCAUUCCGAAUAUCUAAUGAAUCUAGUUCCUUGGAUGAGAACUUUGAGUACUGUGUGAAAAUAAUCCGGUGGCUUGAAUGUGAAGGUCAUAUAACACAGGAAUUCAGAUUGAAAUUGUUAACUUGGUUUAGCCUUAGAUCAACUGAGCAGGAGCGGAGAGUGGUGAAUACGUUCAUUCAAACCAUGAUUGAUGAUCCCAGUAGCUUGGCUGGCCAGCUGGUAGACUCCUUCUCAGACAUUAUUUCCAGCAAGAGGCAAAAGAACGGUUUCUGUAGUAAGCUGUGGCAUUAAAGUGAGGAGGGUCAUACCGAUGAUGAGGAUUGCUAUUUGCUCCUCGGCCACGUUUUUAGUAAAUGCUCUUCUUUUAUUAUAAACGACCAUUAAUCUGAUGAUCAAUUUCGCCAUCUUUGUACAGGCAAAUAUUUUUUUAAUCUCUGUCUGUAAUGUUUCAUUAGUAUCACGGGCAAGAUUUGUUCCGGCUAAAAGAUUCGGUAUCGGUAGCUGAUCAAGGAGACAAAAUAUCUGUUUUUUCUCUGGAGGGAGGCUUGGAUUAAAGGGUAUUCUACAUCUACUUCUGCUUGUAGAGAGGAAGCAUUUCUCAUUUUUCUUAAUUGUUCUAAUUACAAGGAAGCAGUAGCAUUUUCAAUCAUAGAGGAAACUAUGACUAUAAUUUUAUCAUUUGCCUUCUUAAAUUCAAAGAAGGGUACAUGGGUAGAUCAUGAAUUUUACGUGGUCUUAUGAAAUAUUUCUUCUUAUUGAUCUAUUCUUUCAUGGAA